GAUGACGCGCCUUCCUCGGCGCCAAUGCAUUUCACGAGAUCGUUAAUCACAGCACCUUGCCCGACCUUGCUCCCCUCUCGCCCUAAUAUCCCUCUCACCCUCUCUGACCGACCCCGCGACCCGGAAUACUACUCUACAAUCAAACGCGCUCGCCGUGCGACGAUAUCACUGCAAGCUAAAGUACCCUUACUUCGCCAGCCCACAGCUCGCGCAUAGCUCCACCUCUCCGCACCGCCUCCGCUCGAUCGACCGCGACGCGCGACCGAACCCACCAGCUACACUGCACUAGUUGCGCGACUGCAGCGCAAGUAAAUCGGCAGCAUGUUUUUCUUCUUUACGUGUGGAACACACACGUUCAACUCCCAGCUCAGCGGCGCCGAACACAUCACAGUGCAAUGCCAGAACUGCGGUAACUUCUCUGGUAGAGUGAUGAAGCGCUGGGAAUGGUUCACAUUCUGCUUCGUCCCAAUAAUCCCAUUCUCGCUCAAGCCAUACAAGGAAGUCGGAUGCCACAUCUGCAACUUCUGGCAAGACAUCAAGUACCGCCCGGACGUACAACAGCAGAUGCAAGGCGGCGGAGGACAGCCGGCGGUCAUGCUGCAUGGUGGGAAUGGGAACGGGCAGCAUGGCGCGCCGCCGAGUGGGGUGCCGCAGUAUAAGUGAAGAGGUUUGGAUGAGGGGAGGUGAAGCGUUGGAGUGUGGCGUUGGGAGACUAAAUAAUGGCUGGGGUGGGACGUGUAAGGACUUGGCUGCCUGCCGUGUCCUUUUCGAGGAAGUUGCGCGCUUGAGCGACUCGCACAACACAGUCUAGGUGGUCCGGAAGAGAUGUUUACGGUUGUUUGGUGCAAGUCAUGCUUUGGCAUGUUACGGCGUUCGGGGUUGC